AUGUUGUAUUCUUAAUAACCUUAUUACUACUAUCCAUUCUAUUAGCCAUAAGUUGUUUGUCCAGUCUUUUAUUUUCCAGCCUAGACCUUAAAUCAAUAGGAACAUCAAGUCGAACCUAUAAUGACUUCAAUAAUCGACAAUCAACCUACUAAUAGUUAAUAGUUGAAUUAUGAUACUGAAGAAUUAGAUGUAGAAAAGAGUGAGAAGAGCAAAGACACAAAAAAACAAUCUAAAAAAGAGAGAGAAACAGUAAUCAAGAAAAAAAAAGAAUUACCAAAUACUAAAAUUCAUGAAGUUUUGGACUCAACCAAUCUCCAUAAAAAUUUCGCAAAAGCCCUUAUAGCCUAUACCUUAAGAUCACAAUUCAUUAUCUACAAACUGUUGGGAGAAAAGAAAGGACAAGAGUUUCUUGAUUUGAUGCAGAGUGUCAAAAACAAACUCUGUAACCUCACACACAUCCUCUAAUUCACUAAAAAUGACGAAUUCUUGAGAGCUUUUCGCACUUUAGGGUUUAUAUUUCUAAAAAAAGAGUCGGUUCCUUAUAUUUACAAUUCCAAAAUCUAACAAAAAACGAGCCAUUUGAAGCAUAAAGUAAUCAUAAAGAAAACUCUGUUAAAGAUCUGAACCUUUUUAAACUUUAUAUCUAUCUCCACUCUUAUAAUACCUAAUAUUAAAAAACAUUAAAUUGGUUUCAUAUAAAUUAAAUCACUCAAUGUAUUAUUCAAAGUCAUCAUGGUAAUAAAUCGAUUUUUUGGCUAACAAAACAUUGUGAAAAUCACUCAACCAAGUCCUGAAAUUACUAUAAAGGCUACCUGAUGAUUCUAAUUGAAAGGCAUCAUUAAUUACUAAUGCAA